CUGCCUGCAGACAGGAGACAGGAUCCAUGGCAACAAUCAUGGCAGAAGCAGAGACCCGUCAGAGGCUGCUGCGCACCGUCAAGAAGGAGGUGAAGCAGAUUAUGGAGGAAGCUGUCACCAGGAAAUUUGUUCACGAAGACAGCAGCCACAUUGUGUCCUUUUGUGCUGCAGUGGAGGCAUGUGUCCUCCAUGGGCUGAAACGACGAGCUGCAGGCUUUCUCCGCAGCAACAAGAUAGCGGCCCUCUUCAUGAAGGUGGGGAAAAGUUUUGCCCCAGCCGAGGAGCUGUGCAGGAAGGCCCAGGAGCUUGAGCAGAUCAUCGAGACAAAACGAAGUCAAAGCUUACAAAGUCAAGACAGCCUUCGCAAGAUGCCCCGACUGCCCAGCCUUACCCCUCAGGGAGUCAAGAACUUGUGGAUCCGGACAGCUUUGUUUGAGAAGGUGCUGGACAAGAUUGUCCUCUACCUGGUGGAGAACAGCAGUAAAUACUACGAGAAAGAGGCCGUUCUAAUGGACCCCGUAGACGGACCUAUCCUUGCCUCUCUGUUAGUUGGACCUUGUGCUUUGGAGUACACAAAGAUGAAGACAGCUGACCACUUCUGGACAGACCCGUCUGCUGACGAGUUGGUGCAAAGACAUCGCAUCCACGGUGGCCACUCCAGGCAGGAUUCUCCCACCAAGAGGCCUGCACUGUGUAUCCAGAAGCGGCACUCAAGCAGCAGCAUGGACGAACGCCCUUCCCCCUCACCAUCAGCUCGUGAAUAUGUGGAGUCACUGCAUCAAAACAGCAGGGCGACCCUAUUGUUCGGCAAAAACAACGUGCUUGUACAACCGAGGGACGACAUGGAGGCGAUCCCAGGUUACCUCUCUCUGCACCAGACUGCUGACAUCAUGACACUGAAGUGGACGCCCAAUCAGCUCAUGAACGGCUCUGUUGGAGACUUGGACUAUGAACGCAGUGUAUACUGGGACUAUGCCAUGACUAUCCCUCUAGGGGAGAUAGUUUACUUGCACUGUCAUCAACAAGUGGACAGUGGGGGGACGGUGGUGCUGGUCAGUCAGGAUGGGAUCCAAAGACCUCCACUUCGCUUCCCCAGAGGAGGCCACUUGCUCCAGUUCCUCUCCUGCCUGGAGAACGGCCUUCUUCCCCACGGCCAGCUGGACCCUCCGCUCUGGUCCCAGAGGGGAAAGGGAAAGGUGUUUCCUAAGCUACGGAAGAGAGUUCCUCAGGGAUCUGGAUCCUCAGACUCAGUCUCAGAUAAGGAGGAGGACGAGGCCACAGACUAUGUCUUUCGCAUCCUCUUUCCAAACAGCCAGUCUGAGUUUGUGACUGUAACUCAUCCUCCCCGUCUGACUUCUUCCCUCUCCCUUCAACUGAGUGGAUAUUCCCGCUCCAAAACAGGGACCCUGGUUGUCCCCAAGAGGUCCUGCAGCUGUCCUGAAGAAUCCCCCUCACUCAUAGGAAGCAUCUUGACUCCUCCAGACUUGAUGGAUCAGGGAGCUACAAUGUGGCAUCCCACUCUAAGGAAGUCCUCGUGUUCCUCUUGUUCUCAGGGGAGCUUCUCUGACGGGGCGAUGCCCAAGGGUUGCAACCACGAGAGGACUCCUCUGAAGCUGCUGUGCGACAACAUGAAGUAUCAGAUCAUCUCUCGGGCAUUUUAUGGCUGGUUGGCAUACUGCCGUCACCUGUCUACUGUGCGUACACACCUCUCCGCCCUCGUCAAUCACACCAUUGUGGCGCCCGACGUGCCGUGUGAUGCCUACAAAGGGCUCACCACAGAAGUGUGGCAGACAUUCCUCCAGGACUGCACAGCCUACGAGGAGCAGGAGCUGCUUCGCCUGGUCUACUUUGGUGGUGUGGACCCCUCCCUGCGUAAAGAGGUGUGGCCUUUCCUGCUGGGUCAUUACCAGUUUGGGAUGUCAGAAGACGAGAGGAAGGAGGUGGAUGAACAGGUCAGAGUGUGCUACCAGCAGACCAUGUGCGAGUGGCUCGGCUGUGAGGAGAUCGUCCGCCAGCGGGAGAAGGAGCAGCAUGCUGCAGCUUUAGCAAAGUGCUCUUCUGGGGCGAGCAUGGACAGUUCCAGUCAGAAGAUGAUCCAUCAUGACUCCACUGUGAGCAAUGAGUCCCAGUCCUCCCAGAGCUCAGACAGGCAGAGUCUGGCUCGCCUGCAGAGUGACUCCAGCAGCAGCACACAGUUAUUCACAUCCUCCCAUCCCUUCCCCUGGAGUAGUCUGCUUCCCUUUGGCUUGUUCUUUCAGGUGUUUGAGUCCGUAGAGGAGGUUGACCAGAUCGAGACGGAGCCCAAGACCGAAGAGACCAAACAGGUGCCAAAGAUGCCCAACGGAGCUCUGCAGAACGGGACGAGCUCUCCGGAUUCUGGGCACCCCUCCUCCCGCAACUUCUCUGUCACCUCUGGCCUGUCCGACGGCUCGCUCAGCACAGAGGACAGCGCUGCACCUGAUACAACCCCGAGAUCUGCAGCUGUCCCUCAGUCAUCACAGAGCCCUGUCAAACCUGCAGGGUUAGAGGGAGAAGGUCUGACAGAGGAAAUGCACAGCCAGGAGAAAGCUGAAGGGAAGGACAAAGAGCAGGAGGAGGGAAAAGCAUCUGAUGUGACCGUGACAGCAGAAAAUAUCAAGGCUGAGGUGAUAGACGAUAACGUGACUCAACCAUUGAAAGAGGGGCAGGUGAUGGCCGACAAAGAGACAUGUUUGCAACCUGAAAAACAGGAAAAUGUUGAGGAGUCAGAAGCUACCAAAACAGAGGACACCAAGAUUGAAGAUAAAGGCUUGGAUACAGACAUUAAAGGAGUUAAAUCUUUAGAGUCAGGAGAAACAGAAAGAGAAAUGUCCGUUGAGGAUGCAACGAUGGUGUCAGCAGCUGCUACAGAAUCCAAAGGAGACCUCGCUGAACAAAGCCUCAAAAAAGAAGGGAGAAUUGAGGAAACAUCAAAGCUCAAAGAAAGAAAUGAGGAAAAGAUAAAGGAAAUGGAUGAAUCAAAGACAAACAAACCACAGGAGGUUUUUUUGAUGGAAGGGAAAGAAAAAAUAUUCAAAAAUCCUGCGGCUCCUGAAGUGGAAAAGAACCUCCUUUUCUCAGCAGAUGCCAGGGUCUCGAGAGCAAGAGAAGCCUACUGCGUAUCUCAGAAAGAGGAGACUCAGCUCAUGACUGAAUCUGAUGAGUCUCCCUCAGCCAUAGAGAUGGAGGAGAUCCCCAAAGCCAAAGUUUCCAUGGUGCCUUGGAGCAGGAAGGGACGUUGUGAACCCUCGUCUUCCUCUGAGGACUCAGCCCCUCACGUGGAGCUCAGGCAGGAGGAGGAGCAGGGAAAGCCCAGUCCAGAGGGCACAGAGUCCAUCCUGUCAGAGGAGCCGGAGAUGGAGAGCCUGUACCCUCACUUUGAUUCUCUGACCGGGUCUGGAGGCACCAAGAAUGAAGCCACCUCUCAAGAAUCUGCCGGGAGUACCUUUUCUCAAGAGCUUUUGGACUUGUACACACUCAAUCUACACCGCAUUGAAAAGGACGUCCAGCGCUGUGACAGGAACUACUGGUACUUCACUCCUGCCAACCUGGAGAAACUGCGCAACAUUAUGUGCAGCUAUAUCUGGAGGCACCUUGACAUCGGUUACGUACAGGGCAUGUGUGAUCUCCUGGCUCCACUACUAGUCAUUCUGGAUGAUGAGGCCAUGGCCUUCAGCUGUUUCACUGAACUCAUGAAGAGAAUGAAUCAAAACUUUCCACAUGGAGGAGCUAUGGAUACUCACUUUGCCAACAUGCGCUCUCUAAUCCAGAUCCUGGAUUCUGAGCUGUUUGAGCUAAUGCACCAAAACGGAGACUACACCCACUUCUACUUCUGCUACCGCUGGUUUCUCCUAGACUUCAAGCGGGAGCUGGUAUAUGAGGACGUGUUUGCAGUCUGGGAAACCAUCUGGGCAGCCAAGUAUGUCUCCUCUAGUCAUUUUGUCCUCUUCAUUGCACUGGCACUGGUGGAGAUCUACAGGGACAUCAUCCUGGAGAACAACAUGGACUUCACUGACAUCAUAAAGUUCUUCAAUGAAAUGGCUGAGCACCACAACAUAAAGCAGAUUUUGACCCUGGCCAGAGAUCUGGUGUGCAAGGUGCAGAUGCUGAUUGAGAACAAGUGAUGGCGCUGUUUGUCUUCUUUUCCUUCCAAGUAAAGUGUGAGCGGCAGUAGCAGCACAAGAGUAAAAUACAUACAGCACACACACUCUGACAUACACCCAUACACACUACACAAAGCCCUUACAAUCAGAGUUUGCUGCUAUGGGCCUUAUUGACUGUAUCCACUAUGUUAUUUGUGUUGUCAACAGGUGUGUGAGAAUAUUGCGCUUAAUAUUUGUCAGUAUGUUCAAGUGAAAACAAGCGUAAAUCUGUUUAAUUUCUAACUAUUUUUGUCAGAAAUCCCUCAAGUGUUGAUCUUAGUCUGAGUGCACAAAAUAUUUAUAUAUAUAUGAGAUAAAGAUGGAAAUUUUAGUUGCACAUUUCAAACCAAAAUGCAGAGCUGAGUUCAACCAGAGACUAUAUUUAUGAGAAAACUAUGUUGUGAUAAUAGUUUAUAUUUAUUAUUUUAGUAACUUAGUAAAGUCUACAAAAUUACAUUUUAGAUAUAUCAGUGAGUUAUCUCCCGGUCCUAUCCCUUAAUGAAGGAAAGAAUGUAAGCAGACUUUUGAUUUUAUUUAAGUAGAACACCCAAAUGAAUUUCCACUGAUGACCCAAACUCACACAAUGUUAAGAAUGCUUUAGCUUUCAGCAUCAUGCCAGUGAUUUAGUAUCCAACAGUGUUUUCAGUGUUCUUGAACUGCCUUGUCUGCCAAAUAGUAUGUCUUUAUUUGUUAUGUGUGAAUUGUACUGUACUGAGAGAAAAAUGUGUUUGAAUUAUGAGGAUUAUAUUAUGUUAACACUUGCUGAAUCAUAACCUGAUAUCUAAGUGACUUAUGGGUGUAUGGUGCAGAGAUUUAUAUAAAGUAACAAGCCUGAUUUGAUAGUCCUCUUCAGUUGUUCUAUCCAGUGAACCACUGUAUAUUUUGUAAAGUGUGCAGUUUACUCACCUUGAUUUUUGUAUCGUCCUGUAUUGUCUGGCACCUGUUUGUUAAAUCAAAUGUUAAUUUCAGCUUGAAUGUGACUGAAUAGAGAAGAUCAGAUGAGGCAGUGAUAAUAUUUAGUCACAGGGACCAAAUUAAAAGUUAAGCUCAGAUUCUUUAGUGUGAGAGUGACUUAAACAGAGAGAUAAUAAUGAAGGGUUAAGUAUGACAGAUUUUCACAGUGAACUGCUACUGACCUUAUGUUAUGAGGGAAAUUGUUUUAAUGUUUUGGGAGAUUUGGGGAUAAUCAGGACAUACAAAUUAUAUGCUUUUAACCCCCCUAAAAUGAAUCUUAAUGUUGGUCUCAGUUACCAACAUUCAUGCUUGUCAGUCAUUGCCUAAAACUUGACUCAGUUGUUCUUCAGGUGCUGUUUCAUGAAUGUGGUGAGGUGAAUUGCAUUUAAUAUUGGUGUUUCUUUGUGAACGCUAACUGCUGUUGGAAAAAAAAACUAGUUUAAUUCUUUGUAAUGUUUAUUUGCCAAUGUAUUUAUUUAUUUAUUUAUUCAUUCAUUUUCUCAUUCAAAUGCUGCUUUGUUUGUAAAGCUAACAUUUUUAUUU